AAAUGGAAAGCAAUCCAAAGAAAUUUAAAGAUGAUAUGGAACCUCAAUACAAUUUUAUUUUAAAGGAAGAAUAGAAAACCGAGCCAACUUUUAUGGAAGGAAAUCAAUAAAAGGAAUAAAAUUAGUAGCAAGGAACUACAAAUGCAUCUGAAUUUAAACGUGUACUUUUCCUUUUGAUAAUGAUGAUUUUGGAUUAUUUACAACAUCUACUUUAUAAGCCUAUUCUGUUUAGGGUAGUUUGUUUGAAGAAGAUUAUAUCUCUUGCAAUAAACCAAGUGGAUAAGACUAGAGUAAAUAUUAAUAAGCUGGUCCUAUUGAAUAAUAAUAACAAAAACAAUAAAAUUAAGAAUAAGCUAAUUCACAAGAUUAGAUCUCAUCAUAAGAAUUUGAAUUUAAUCAUCAUAAUAAUAAAAGUAAGUGAGAUAAAAGAAAUGCAUUUAUUGGAAUUAUGAACGCACAUAAUUAAACAUACUGUUAUUGCAUCGCUCUAUAAUUUCCAUUUCCUAACCAACUUCAGUUAUUUUUAUUUUUCAAUAUCAAACUAAUAUUUUCUAAAUGAAUUCAAAAAUACGUGUAUUAUUUAAAUGGG